GUACCAUGUAGUAGCAUACGAUCAUAUCACCGUUAGGAAUAAGAAUAUUAUUGUUAUCUCGCUCUUACUUAUAAGCUAGCAUUAAGAGAUAAGAAUGUAUACCUAGCUCACUCACAAACGCAUACACACUUGAGAGAGCAUAAGAAAAGUGGAAUACGCGAGACGCGGCAUUCGGUGGCGUGUGCUUGAAGGGAAAAGUCGAAUAAAGGCAUUGUGAAAUUAUUAAAGGGACUGAGUGCAUAUAUUCAUUUUUCGGCGUCCACAACAUCAGAAGUGGUCAUUACCCACUAUGCCUGACACUAAAUGGAAUCAAUUCUCAGUGCUCCAACUAAAGAAGUGGUUGGAAGCUCUUGGUUGCCAGACUUCCGGCACAAAAGCGGAACUAAUAGUGCGUCUGCAGGCCAUUUCCCCAGAAACGCGUGGCGAUUCACCGCCAAAUAACGGACCAGCAGCAGAAGAGGAGGAAGAAUUGGAUGGAGCUGCAGCCUGGCCAAAGCAGAGAGAGCCACAGGGUGGAGACACACGCACGAUCCCGUUUGACGAGCAGUCAUUGCAGUCAGAAUCCCCGGAGAACCUCGAUCUGGAUCAGCUAUCGUUGGUGGAUGCAGAGAGAGCCGCUCUAAAAAAGCUUCGGGACGAGAUAGAGGCAAACAUGGCUGUGCUGCAGAGGAUCCAAGCGGAUAUCGACGACGCGAACAAGAGCAAGUCUGCUCAUGCUUGCCAGAUCAAUGACGUCAUCGAGAACAACAGCAACGGAAACCACGGCAAUGUUAACAUAUGCGUUAACAGCACCGACGCCAAUGUUAACAGCACCAAGGUGACUAUCGCCGCCGAUAACAUCGAUAUGGGACAUACCAGUGUUGGAAAUGAAACCGCUGGUAGUGUUGUUCAGCAUCAGAGUCGAAAUGUAAACAAGCUUCUGGAAUCUCCUGCAACAUCGCUUGCCUUGGCAAAAGAGGUAACGAUGGAGUUUGACGGCAGCUUAUGUGCGCGCAAUUGGGUCACGCAGUUUCAGAACAUCGGAAAGAUUUACAAUUUGGACGACGGAUGCAUGCACAUGCUGCUAAUUGCCAAACUAAAAGGAAACGCACAGCGCUGGCUGCACGCAAGCGCCACACGCAUCCUAGAAUCGACCGACCAGCUGUGCGAACAGUUAAUCUUGACAUUCGAGGUCAAGAUGUCAAAAGGGGAACUGAGGAACGCAUUUCAAAAACGCGAAUGGCAUCCGGAUGAGAAAUUUGCUGUUUACUUCGAGGACAAGGUGAUGCUGGCCAACGACAUCAAAAUCGAUCUAGAGGAGCUCCUGGAAAACAUCAUUGAAGGAAUCCCAGCACCAGCGUUGCGCAACCAGGCGCGCAUACAGUGUUUCUCCGAGCCGAUGCAGAUUCUGCGGGCUUUCUCGGAAGUCCGUCUGCCGAAGCACAAAACAGGGAGCAGUUCAUCAAAGCGCCUUACUGGAGGAGGUGCAGCCAAUAAGGACUUACGUUGUACCAAUUGCAACUCCAAAGGGCACUUCGCCAGGGAGUGUCUCAAGCCAAAGAGGGAGCCCGGAUCCUGCUGUGCCUGUGGGGCAUUUGGACACUUCGUCGGACAAUGCCCGGAGCGCAAGAGCGCCAAUAUCAACAAUUAUAAUGCCUCAUAGACACAGGGAGUCCAAUAUCAUUUACAAAGUUAAGCAAUGUAUCCAAGGAAAUUAAUUUAGAAUCCGCUUCAGAAACCUAUUUCGGGCUGAAUCAAAGCCAACUGACAAUACAUGGAAAAAUCUUAUGUUACAUUA